AUGAAGGGUUUACCUAGCGGCCAGAGGCGAGUUCGUACCUCGUAUCAAGAUACGGCGAAGUUCUUGGGUGGAGGAGGUGCCGAUUCUGAGUCGGGCGAGGAGGACUCGAUCUCCGUUCCUUCAUCGCCGGAGCAGACGGCCGUCAGUGGAAGCAUUAAGAUAGGCAGCGGAAAAUUUGUUUCGUUGGCUGCACAUUUGUCAACCAAAUACUGUGAGAAGGUGUGGAAUUUGUCAAGAUCACUUGAGCCAGUGGUUGAAGUAACAAAGCUUUCUAGACUGGAGGCUUGGCCUAAGAGCUUUGAGGCAUCAAGGCCCACUGAUGACAACAUUGCGUUGUAUUUAUUGCCCACCGAGAUGAGGCAAGAUGCAGACCUGGAUCAACUUGUUAAAGAAGUCGUGGAGAAUGAUAUGAUCCUACGAGCUAUUGUUGGUGAAGCUGAGAUGCUGAUAUUGCCAUCUAUUCUACUGCCUGAGCAACACCAAACUUUCCAAGGAAAACCCUACCUGUGGGCGGUAUUUAAACGCAGAAUAGUGGAAGAGGAACAACAUGGCAAAGGACGCUGUGCACAGGAGAAAGGAAAACAACAGGCUUCACAUUUCAGUGUGGGAGAAGGGUUAAACAUGGAAGCUGGACUUGAAGCUUCUGAGGAACCGGAGAUGCAAGGCAUGGAGCAGGAACAAAAUCCCAAGUUGGCUGGACCCAACGCGCCGAGUCCUACAACUGAAGCUCCUACCGCGGCUGCAGCUACAAUGUCUGCCAACCACUGUCAAGACCACCCAAACAUGGCUGCUCCUACAGGAGCAUUGUAUGGCUUUGUGGUUCAGCGAACUCCGCGACUCGAGCAACUCAUCCAAGAGAUGCAGCGCGAAGGUGCUGUGAUGGUUGCAAUGCAAGGGCAGAUGAUAGGGCCAGGUCUUGCAUGGGCAGGCAGUAGCAACAGGAUUGAGAGGAGGACGAUAUGGCAUGGAGGCUGUUAUCGUCCAAGUGGCUAGGCAAGGAAGCUGACUUGGACCCGAGCCUUUGUGUGCACCAUCGCCUGUGCGUGUUUGGAGGAACCCCACUCGUAAGGUUCAGUCUUCUGCAACCUGGUAUUCUAGUUAGAGGUUUAGUUUGGUGUUGGCUAAAAUGCAUCUAAAAGUUAUCAUGUCAGCGCAUGUGUUCUCAGAUGCAUUUUGUUCUUCAGUAUAGUUCUGCUUGCAUCUCCUGCCGUGCUGGUGUCGAACAAGCUUUGGCCUAGUUGCUUUUUGCUUGUAGCAUCGAUUUUGUUUUUUCAUUGUAAUCUGUACUCUCAAUCCAUGCGUUCCUGUAACACUGGCACUGCUGCCUUUUGCUCCGUGCUGUUG